CACUUCACGGCACAUCUUCCACAUGGCCUCCACCAGGCUGUAACUGUAGUUUGUGUUUGAUAUUGUGUCUCUAAAUUACCAACAAGUGGGACUGAAACAACAUUAUAUACGCAGGUCGUGCUCUCACAAGGACUGAAAUGGGUAAAAGUAAAACCACGAAGUUUAAACGUCCGCAGUUCAACGCGGUCGGGCUGCCGGUGAACGCGGUGCAGGAGGCGGGGGAAGAGGCAGAGGAUCCCGGGGAGGACGACUGUCCAGCUGCGGAGCUCCUGGAGAAACUGCAGAGUUCCAAUGCAGAUGUGAGGGAGUUUGCGUGUGCCAGCAUCUCCCGGGUGGUGCAGCAGAGCCAGAGCAUCCCGGGCUUCCUGCAGCGGGACGCCGUGCGGCGCCUCGGCCCCAUGCUGCUGGACCGCAGCAUGGCUGUGAGGGAGACGGCCGCCGGGGCACUCAGGAAUCUGAGUGCAUGCGGCGGUCAGGAGGUGUGUGAGGACAUGGUGAAGCACGACGUCAUGACUCCUCUGACAGCGCUGCUCCGAGAGAGCUGUGCAGGAUUUGAGAGCGCUGCUGUGCUGAAAGAGAAGAAGAAUGCAGCGGAGGACGUGGCCAACGAGGCCGUCAACCUUUUGUGGAAUCUGUGUGAGAGCAGCAGCCAGUCUCUGUCUGUCUUCAACAAAGCGGGUCUCCUGGACAUGGUGGUGCAGUGUCUGGAGACACACCAACACAACAUGGAGCUGGCCAUAUCUGCGGCCCACUGUCUGCACACGGUGACGGAGGAUAACCCCGAGCUGCUGCGGAGCAUCAACAGCGCCGUGCUGAGAGUCGUGGAGAGCGUGCUGCUGACGCCUGAGAGAGACAUGGCUCACACACUGCUCAGGACCCUGGCUGCAGGCACUCUAUGGAACCUGAAGAGCAGUCUACCGUCGGCCCGUCAGGCUCAGGCUCUGAACGCCGUGGUCUCCACUCUCUCUCAGAGCCUCGAUCUGGACGCAGGAACGCUGAUCCCUGAGCUGAGAGAAGCAGAGGAGCUCCAUCAGAGGAACACCGAUGCUGCACCCGAGAGCGAGCAGCAGGCUGCCGGAGGAGAGGAGGAGGAGAUGAUCGAGGAGGAGGAGGAGCCUAAACACACGAAGAACGGGAUAGCUGCAGACAACGACUUCUCCGACCUUUUACCUAGGCAGCAGGCGGAGCUGAGGGAGGCGACGGCGCUGCUGACGGCCCAGCAGACGUCUUUAGAGAUCAUCGUCAACAUGUGCUGCUCUGACGACCCCUCAGACGAUGAGUGGGAGGAGGAGUCGAGCAGCGAUGAGAGCGACCUGGGUCCGGACGGUCUGUGUGACGGAGUCUCCAAUCUCAUGUCUCCUCUGUGUUUAUCAGCGGAGAUUCACGGCGCUUUGAUCAACCACAACAUCCCAGAAAAGGUCCUCAAAAAGACGGAGAUCCCUAGAAAGGAAGCCGUUGAUGUUUGCCGUCAGAACUCCUCCUGGGAAGGCAUGAUCAAAAAGAUGCAGCGCGUUCAGUCCCGCGCUCUGACCUGCCUCCACAGCCUCGUCUCCACCAUGGACGCAGACUCUCUGGGCGGAGCAGCUGCUCUGCAGGCGGCCGCGCAGCACCUCUCCACGCUGGUGUUCGGAGCAGCAGAGAUCCCCAAAGAUGAGGAGUUCCUGGAGGCCGUCAUCAGCGCCAUGAGGUCUCUUCUACAGAUGAUCGCCUCUAAAAAUAUCACCCAGUGUAUGACCCCCCAGCAGCUGAUGAGCCUGAGUGAAGCCGCCACCCGCUGCGAUGUCGUCAGUGUGAGGGUGAACGCUGUCGCUAUUCUGGGCAUCACCGGCAGCACGUUAGCCAAAGAGAAGGGCACUGCGGAGACGCUUCAGAUGAUUGGAAACGCGUUACUUCAAGUCUCCACGAAGGACACCGACCUGGUUGUGAACGGAGAAGCUCUGGACGCUUUGUUCGAUGUCUUCGCGGACGGAGACGAGGCGGAGACGGCUGCCAAAAACAUUGCGUUACUCCCCGCACUGAAGGCUCUGCAACCCAUCUUUAAAGCCAAGAUUCGUAAAGAGGGAAGAGGCAAGUACAGCCCGCAGCAGCUGUGUGUACUGGACAACAUCAAAGUGAACCUGAAGAGAUUCAUCGGUUACCUGGAGAAAGUGGUGAAGAAGUAACGAGCGCUGGACCUCACGAUGGUGUGGACAGAGAUGCUAACGGUAGCAUCAAAAGAAUCAGACUGUGGUUGUGAAAUCAUCAAAUAUUUAUUAUGUUGGUAGUAAGCCGCCUGUUUCAGUGUUAAUAUUCUCAAAAUAAUAAUGAUUUACUAUUUUACCUGUAUUUGUUGUGAAGAAAGACAGGAUUAUGUUAUUAUUAGUUACUGCAAGUGGCAGUAAAGAAAGGUUUUUACGUUUCCUCCCUUGGUUUAAAUGUGACAAUCAGGACCAAAUGUUUGUCAGACUUGGAUUUGUUUACUUUAAUUUCCCUAAGUAAGUCUACACCACCAGGUUUUUGAUUUGGGUGCCCUUAAUUCUGCCACUUGUUCCAAUAGCCUAAACAUUGAUGUUUGCAGAGCUAUGCUACAUAAGAUGUAUCAGUAUGGGAUAAUUGCCACCUAAUAAAAAAGAGAAUAUUUUGUUUUAUUGUUUAGUAUAAACAUAAUUAUCUUUGGAAAGAAAUUGGCUUGCAUUUGAAGAGAGAAAUAAAAAACGACUGUCAUUUUAAUACCGUACGAAGCUACCUAUUCUCACUGCCAAGGUGUUAACAUAACAUUUUUACAUUUUUACCUUUAGGAGGAACACAUUUUCUCACAAUCCAGGCCCCCUGUUUUCACGGAGAGCUGAAUUUGUGACUGUAUUUUUGUGAAACGUUUCAGUUUGCAAGUCACCACAGAAACCCAUUUUCUGCUGAAAGCAUUUUUUCAGUAACUAUGUGAAUAUCAAUUAUGAAUGAAAUCAAUGAUCAUCCAAACUUGCUGCUACAACUUAGAAUACAGUUUGAUAAUUGUGCAUUACAUUACAUUACAUGUCACUUGCACGCUUUUAUCCAAAGCGACUUACAUGCUCAGUACUGUGGGCAAUCCCCACAGGAGCAAUUUGGGGUGAAGUGUCUUGCCCAGGGACACAACAACAUGCUGACUGCAGUGGGGUUUGAAUCUGUGCUCCCCUGAUCCGAACACCAACGCACAAGCCACUGCGCCACACAUAUUAUUAUUUUUUGCAGGUUUGAAAUAUCUAAAAUAGAGGGUAGUAGUACCAUCUUUUUGCACCUGAUCCAAAGUGUAUCCUGCAUUGAGUUUCUGACAAAGUUAACAUAAGCUCUCAUUAAUUAAUCCAUUCAAUGCUCAAAUUGAAUGGUGACUUUAAACCAUAAAUACAAUUUUCCUAAAGAUCAACAUUAAGUGUGUGAUAGUUCUUGCGUUGUAAGAGUCGGGCACAGCUUCUCUGGGUUCCCACACGUUUUCAGGGACAUGUUGAUAAAAAUGCCUAUCAUUAAUAUAAAAAUACAUUUCAAAAAAAAUGUAGGGGUGGGGGUUUAUGUCUUUGGGAUGGGAUUGAAUGCCUUUUUGAAAUAAAUCCUGAUUUCUUAAG